AUGAGUGUGGACUCUGUGCAACAUGUCACCAAACUGCAAAAAAGUUUGUCGCGCAUAUCGGAAGUUGUCGCACCAUCAUGUGGCGUUACAGUAGAAACUUCAGCGUCACAUCUGAACGAGGAUCAGUUGUUUGUGUUGCAUUUGAAUACGCAUGGCAUUUCGGAGGAAAAAGAAGAACGAUUACGAGAGUUGUAUAAACGACUAGAUAUGAAUGAGGAUGGAUCCAUCGAUAUGCAAGAUUUGAGAAAUGCUCUCAAGCAGAGGGCUCCUUAUAUACCGAGUGGUGUUAUACCUGAAUUGUUUGCUCAAAUUGACCAUUUAAAUGACGAUAUAAUAACGUUUGCGGAGUUUGUACAGUAUGCUGUUGAACAUGAGAAGAAAUUGGAAAUCAUAUUCCGAGAUUUAGAUAAGAAUAACACGGGCUAUGUCGGUGUGCAGGAGAUCAAGAAAUAUUGCGAAAAUCUCGGUCUCCCAAUAACCGAAGCAAAAGCACAAGGAAUUGUUGAUUGGAUGGCACGCACAAACUCAGCUUCUGUGAAUUUCUCAGAAUUCAAAGAUUUUAUGUUGUUCUAUCCUCGAUCCAAACCAGAAGAAGUUGCGAAAUUUUGGAAGCAUGAUUUGGUAAUUGAUAUCGGUGAAGAUAGCCAGAUUCCAGAAGAUUUUUCGCAGCAAGAAAUCGCUUCAGGAUUUUGGUGGAAACAUUUGGUGGCUGGUGGAAUUGCAGGAUGUGUGAGUCGAACGUGUACGGCACCGUUAGAUCGAGUAAAAAUUUAUCUUCAAGUUCAUGCGACUCUACUCAACCGAUUACGGUUUCCAAAGGCUGCGAAACUUUUAUAUGAAGAAGGUGGACUGAAAUCUUUCUGGCGAGGAAAUGGUGUUAAUGUCGCGAAAAUUGCACCCGAAUCAGCUAUCAAAUUUCUUUCUUAUGACGUUGUUAAGCGACUGAUUAUUAAACAUAGAGACGAAGGUCACAAGCUUCAAAUAUCAGAACGGCUUGCUGCGGGUUCUGCUGCAGGUUUAGUGUCUCAAACAAUUGUCUAUCCUUUGGAAGUAUUAAAAACACGCUUAGCGCUGCGGCGCAGUAAUCAAUUGGAAAGCGGUUUAGUCGAUCUUGCCGUCAAAAUGUAUAGAAAUGAAGGCUUUCUUUGUUUUUAUAGGGGAAUUGUUCCCAAUCUUAUCGGCAUCAUUCCUUAUGCGGGUAUUGAUCUGGCUAUUUAUGAAACACUUAAAAGUUAUUAUGUGAACAAUUACAAUGCUCAUCCAGUUCGUGAUAUCGUCGCUCUUCCAGUAUGUGGUGCGUGCAGUUCUAUUUGUGGUAUGUUAGCAAGUUAUCCGUUUGCUCUCGUGAGGACGCGAUUGCAAGCUCUAGCGAUAUCAGAUAAUUUGACUCAACCAGAUACUAUGAAUGGACAAAUGCAAUACAUUUGGAAAAAUGAUGGGCUGUAUGGAUUUUAUCGGGGACUUACUGCUAAUUUAGUGAAAGCUGUGCCAGCAGUUGCCAUAAGUUAUUAUGUUUAUGAAUAUGUGCGCACAGGUUUGGGUGCUCCGAUGAUGUGA